UCAGCAGUAGGGAAGAGCAGAAAGCUGUCUAUGUAUGUGUGUGUGUAUGUGUCUGGCUGCAGUGUCGUAGGCACAGGAAGGCUGGAGCCGUUGCAAAAUCCCACAGGAGAUUAGAGCUUGAGCACACGCUCGUCCGGACUCUUUACAAAUGGCAGCCCUAGGAGAGAGCAUCAGACAGGGAGAACAAACAGAAAACAGACGGAACCAGAAUAAGGAAAGGAUGAAUUUUGUCUCGUGGAAAAACUGCAUGCUGUAAUUUUUUACCGUCUCCUUUUCUCUCUCUGUCUGUCUUUUACAAGCACACUCCUCCCUUCAUCUCUCUGCUCCUCUCUCUCUCUCUCUCUUAUUCUCUCGCAUUCUCUCUUGUGCUCUCGCAGUGGUGGAAUGUAGAUGGGGCUGAGUGUGUGCUCGCUGCUCCGCACGAUAUUAACGACUUGCUGUACGACGACGGGUUUCUCAGCAGCAAGAAGGGAUUUACAACAGUAACGAAUCUGACAACAAUACCAUCCAUCGCCAUUCUUUUGCAGCCUGCAUGCUGUGGAAAACUCUGAUACUGCCACUGUUUCCUCUUUUAGGUCUUGGCUGGAUCGUCUUAGCCGGAGCUCAUGUGCACUUGGUUCGUUCCGCAGAUCCCUGCUCCCGUAAGGAUGCUAUAAAUCUGCAGAAGCUUCUGUCGUAGAAGGGGACAUAUUGCAUCUCGGUCAGUGCAGACUGGUUUUCUUUGAAGGGAUUGGCUUUUUUUGGGAUGUGUAUAGCUGAGUCAGCGUUACAAAUACAAAACCGCUAAUCCGAUCGAGAUCUGGAAAAGGAAUUAACAAGAUCAAAAGGCGCAGAGAGGAAAAUACUAAUGGGGUAACUUUUACUGAACUCCUUGUUAACAUAUAAUACCAAUUUCAAGGAAAUGAUAUUGAAAAAUCAUUCUAUCUGCAAGAGAGGGAUUUGAUUAUCUGACACAGGAGAAAGUGCUACUGCAACGGAGUCAACAUGCAGAUGGUUUCACUCCUCCCUUUUCUUUUGCUCAGCACCUUUAUUUAAAAUUUCACUCUAGCUGCGAUUUGGAAGUCAUAUGGACAUAUUAUUGGACUUAUGGACUGUCUCUUACUGGAUUCUGAGUUUUCUACCUCUGGAAUUCUAUUGGAUAUAUGCGCAUGUCUGAUUGUGAGUAUGUGUGCUGGUUUUUGACAGUGUGGGAUGUGAUUCAGGGAAUGCUUGCCCGACGGUAUUUGUAAAGCUUUCGGUAUUAUUCCUCAUUUCACUUUUCAAUGUCUGGCACUACUGCCCGCCGUUCUGCCUUGGGUUUCCUAUGUUUGUUGAGCUCCCGGCCUUGGGGUUAACCCUAUUUGUGCCACGGGCAAGAUGAGUGACAGCUCUGGAACAAUGAACAACUCAGGCGCCAUGGUACUGGAGGAGCCAGACGUAAGGGGAGGUUCUGGUGGACGCGACCAAGCCCAGGCCCCUGCACGUGGUGGUCCUUUUAGGUGUGGGAACUGUGCCCUCUGGCCUCGCCAACAGACCUGGCUCUGCGUAGUUCCACUUUUCAUCGGAUUUAUAGGUUUGGGGCUGAGCCUCAUGCUGUUGAAAUGGAUUGUAGUGGGUACUGUGAGAGACUACGUGCCUACAGACUUGGUGGACGCCAAGGGUAUUGGCCAAGACCCCAUCUUUUUGUCCAAACCAAGCACUUUUCCUAAAGGAUCUGACACCACAACCACUACUACAAUUGGAGUGCUUAGCUCUGUCAGCCCCACUGUCACGACGGUGGUGAGGGGCAGGACUCGGAUAGUAACUCAGCCAAACGUCCCCCCUAGGAGUGGUGGGGCAUCAGGCAGCCAGGUGACACAAAAGAGUCCUUCUACGCGCUUUGUCACGCGUCAUCCGCCCCUAACUAUCACAGCGGCCUCCACAACAUCUACUGUCCAAACAUCCACCUCUAGCCCUUCUCCCUCCAACCCUGCUGUUUUAAAUGACUCCACCCAAAUGUGGACGAAAGAGCAGUCAUCUACUGAGAGGCAAAUGACCACACCUGGUCGAACCCAUGUCAGCCGCAAGACACCAUCACCGACCCUUCCGCCUUUGAAAUCGGAGCAUUUCAAGCCAUGUCAGGAAAAGGAUCUGGCCUAUUGCCUGAAUGACGGCGAGUGCUUUGUCAUCGAGACCCUGAGCGGCCCACACAAACACUGCAGGUGUAAAGAGGGCUUCCAGGGUAUUCGCUGUGACCAGUUUCUGCCCAAGACUGACUCCAUUUUGUCCGACCCAAUGGAUCACUUGGGCAUUGAGUUCAUGGAGAGCAAGGAGGUGUACAAAAGGCAAGUGAUGUCUAUCACAUGUAUUGCUAUGGGGAUCAGCUUUCUAGGCACCCUUUGUGUGGCUCUCUACUGUCGGAACAAGAGGCGAAGAGAAAAGCUUCAGGCCCACUUGAAAGAAAGCCGCAGCCAGAAAAACUACAACCUAAAUUCUUCCAGCCUGGCCCCUAAGCCCAGCCUUAGGCCUCAACCAGGCCUGCAGCUGCAGAAGUAUUAUAAAUCAACAAGGUCUGCUCCACCACAUGGGGGCGCAGCAUGUGAGUCCCGUUUUGCUCAAAGCACCACUGGCUCUACCACUCCACAGGGCACAUCAACAGGAAAGCAUCCCAGGAGCAGUUCCCUCUCUCACAAUCCAGAUCAAAAGAGUCGCUCUGCUCUUCGGUCUGCUCCGCGCGGGACACCGCCAAUAACUAGGGGAUGUCUGAAUGCCAUUGGUGGAUCGAGAGAUUCUGGUCCUGCCUACCAACAUCUAAAGGAAGUAGACAGCUUAGAGAAAGAAGCAGUAAGAAGAAACAUCUCGGGCCCAGCUAAUGAUCUACAUCAGGAUUCCUUUUACAAUAUGCAAGCCUCACAGUCCUCUAAAUCAUGGAGCAGCCACUUAGACUACAGGUCUACCCGGAGCCUCAGAUCAGGCACCCCUGCUCCAUACCGACCCUGCUCCAUACCCAUCAUCCCCUCUGUCCACUCUUACCAGGACGAGGACUCCUGUAUGCAAACAGCACCUACUAAUGGCACUUCAGCUCCCCUAGAAAACACAGCGGAAGGCUCUGCCGUCAAUCAGCGGCCCACCGUAACGAUUUCCAGUAAAGCAGCUGGUCGACAGGAGGAAGUGGUCUCUCUGCUAGAUGAGGCUCAGGAACAGCUCAGAGCGCUAGCGUACGCCCAGAGGAAGCAGGAGGACACUGUUGGCUCCAUUCCUCAGGGGGCCAAAGAGACUGUGUGCAUCCUUUUAGCAAAUGGUGGGGGACACGGGGGAGUGGCUUCUUUUGGUCCCACAGAGACUCAGUUGGUAGGCCCGAGAGACACGCACAAAGAUGCCACAAAGCCUGGCCAAUGAGAGCGUUUGCGAUUGACCGACAGGACUAGCCACAAACAUCCCUUGCGUCUUGGGCACGAAGCACCAGGGUGCUCUGCCAAAUCGGGAUGAGUCACUAAAUCUAACAUUCGAUUUCCGAGAACCUGCUGUGCGUAUGGGCGACUGACAGACUUGAACACGUGAAAAGAUAAUUUAUUUAUAUGCAUUUAUUUAAGGAGAAACUUCUACUUAGAAAAAGAAACCAAAUAGUCUGUCAUCUCCAUGGUGUUUUAACUGUAUAAAAUAUACAUAAAUAUAUAUAAAUGGAUAUAAAUAUAUGAAUUCAAACUGGUGACCAAGUACAAAAAAAGGAAUAUGUGGGAAUACGAAAGGUUCUUUUUUUAUUUAUCGAUCCUCCAGUUUCAAAAACUCUAUGUGAGAAAAAGUGCAUUUUAAAAACAAACAAAAAGGAGUUGUUUUUCACUCACCACAUAUUUAGCCAAGCUAAUGUUGUCCAACACACAAUCUUGUGUUUUGCACCUGCAGCAGCUGUGUUUACUAUCACCAUCCCAGUCACUGUCCUCUACCCUGCCAAGGAACAUGGCUCCAUCUGCCCUAAAAACACAGCAAGCAGAUCAUGGAUUGUAAUCAGACAAAGCUCCUAAACAAUCAUUGUGUGCAGGCAUGAGGUAACUGAUAGUUAAGCACUGCCUCCGAGACCUCGAUGGGAAGAAAUUGGUAUGUGUGACAGUUUGUGGAGCGAUCUGCUUUUUCUGUUCUGUGCCUCGGUGACGUUCAAUCUGGUUUAAUUCAUUUCGGUUCGGAUGUGUGUAAAGAUAAGCUCUGUGAGCAGAGCAUGUCGUGUUACACACCAUCUGAGAUGCACAAACAAAUCAUGAACGGCCCCUCUGAACGGACAGAGACGAGUCCUGCGCCGGAUGCCGGGUCAGGAUCGACCGACACAAGGAGCUUCUGUGAUUUUUCUUUUGUUUUUAUGGAAUGAACUGCUGCUUUCGGAUGGGAGGGAGGUGGGGGAGCGGUCACAUUGAGUCAGUACUCUACCUGCGGAUGGGGACGUAUUAUUUCUGUGAAUUAACAACCAAAUGUGCUAAGAAAGAAGAAUUAACAAAUGAACCUAUGAUUGUUUGUUUGUUUGUUUGUUUCCAAUGUUUGUUUGUUUUGUUUCUGACCCCCACUUAACACAGUUGUGCAUGUUGAUGGUAUUUUAAGCAGAGUCAAGCCAUGAAGACAGACAACUCUCGGGUUUGAUACUGUAACAACAUUUGCUAAAUCUGUCACAGUUGUAUGCCCAUAAAGAUCUACAAACAAGCCACAAAAAGAGAAAAUGGAGCAAAAGAUGGGACAAUUGACGUGUCUGCUUAUUUCAGCCCAAAUCCUGGUAUAUCACCUUUAAAAAUGAAUGGUCUGCCAAGUUUUAUAGAUCAGUUUUAAUAGAAUUUUUGAUGUAUGGUCAAAGAUGUGGUCGAGUUUAUCCUGCAUUUCUAUCUUUUUAUGUGUUUUUCCUCAUCUAACAUUUUUUUAAGUUGUUUGGCAUCAUAAAAAUCUAUAUUUGUCCCCAAUGCAUCUUGAAUUCAUCCUUCAUCCUCCUGUCCACAAGCAGCCCUAACCUGAGGCCAGGUAAAAGAUGCCGGGUAGUUGUGAUGACAAAAUGAUCAUGUAAAAGGGCAAGAGACCAGGGGUGCAUUUCCCAAAAGCCAACUACUGUCAUAAGUUACAUCGUUACUGACCAAGGUCAAGGAUUUGGUGUUUCCCGAAACUUGUGUGGUUUGAAUGACAGCUGUUCACCUGUCGUUAGAAGCAUAGUUCCUUGUUAUUAUAAUAUUUAGACUUACUUCAUGCUUUUGGUCAAAAUAAGCAAAAAACAUGUAGUACAUUCUAUAUCCAUCAUUCCAAAUAUAUAAAAACUUUAUUUUUAUGUAUUUAAGUUUGUAAACAUGAAUUAAAGCGCUGCAUUUGAAAACUGCGCAUGUGUGCAACCUACGAGCUUUAAGACCCUGGGGAAUCUCUGGGAUGAGUAACGUAAGAGGGAACUUCCGAUGCAAUAUAUGUUAUUUACAGCAGUAAUCUGACAUUAAAUCGAUUUGCACAGAUUAAUUAGUACUUUACCUCCCACGUGAUAUCAUCAACAAUGGUGCUAACCCAACAUGAUUCAAACGACGAAUGUUUCGAUGCUUUCGGGAAACAGUUGUGACAGUUAGAUUCUGCAAUGCAUCGUACUAUGGUGGUUCAUCAAAGAAUUAUGUUGUUGUUCGGGAAAUGCACCCCUGGGACGAAUUUAAUAAAGAUAGGAUUUGUAUGAAGAAUACAAAUAAGAAUAUAGGAGUGUAAGUUUUCCUUAAAAUACAACUGCAUUGACAUUUUCAAAUUUAUUUUUUAAUCCCUUUUGUCAGAAAACAUGUCAAACUAUGUACCCCAUUUGUCACUGUACCCUUUCAAAAAGUACAGUUUUGCACCUAAUGGCAAAUUUUAGUACCUCAGAGGUACAUAUUGGUACCAAAUGUAAACAUAUCUAUACCUAAUGGUAUUAUAGGACCUUUUUAAGGGGGAAAGCCCCAUCUGGGGUACAUAUUUUGACCAUUUUUUAUAACACUGUAGGCAGAAAUCUCACUAUGCUUAGCUUAACUUAGGACUUUUGUUACUAAUAAUAUUUUUUCUAAUACUGUUUUAUUAUUAUCCAAUUACAAUCCUAAAGUUUCCGCUACUUAGUAUUAUUAUUCUAUUAUUAGGAAAUAAUUUUGAAUACCUCCACUUACUUAAUAUCUGUAAUAAAGGAAGAAUAUUUGUUCUUUGCAAUUCAGUUUUCUUUGUUUUUAUUUCAUGUAAAACUGCUUUGGAACAAUGCAUUAAUGUGAAAAGCGUUAUACAAAAAAUAAUUAAUUAUAUUGAAUUGAAUAUGCUAAAAGUUCAUCAACUUUGUUUAAAAAGUCAUAGGUGAGCAAAUUAAACUGAACUGAUCUAUAAACUUCAGACUCAUUUAUAUCCAGGUACUGGCAGCAAAUAUAUAAAUUGUCCUACUGUUCUUUUCAGCUACUAAUGUGUUUGUUUGAAAUUGAAAAGAUGUGAAAAAAAUUGUUUCAUUUGAGCUGGACCAUAUUUUGUACACUGGUGCUUAAGUGCAUUGAAAUAUGUUUUUGCACAGUAAUUACAAUGUAUGGUACUUUAUGCUGUCAUUUUGACUUAUUGCAGACUGUAAGGUAUAUGUGACUUAAAUAAUUGAUGAAAUAAUUACUGAAGACAAGUGCAUUGAAGGCAACGUCAGCUGCGCAAUCGCCAACUGUGCAAAAAGUUGUCACGAGUACAGCUGAAUCUUCAUGGUUCUUCACAUAACAGCCCCCUUGACAUUAACUUUAAUGUGCAAUUGCAAAAUCAAGAAAUGAAAUUUCUGUUCAUUCUUAUAUGUGAGAAAUUUCAUUAUUGCCCUUUUAGUUCAAAGAUUUAUUGUUUUCAUUUAAAUCAUUUUUUUAUUUUUUCAAUAAAGAUGAAUCUUCAGUGUUGAA